AUGAGUUUCAUGUUGACAGUGAGACGCAUUGUUGUCAUGUUGUUGUCGAUCUCCCACCUUUUUCUUUUUCUCCUGGAGGGAGCCCAGAAUCGACCUUCAGGCUCAGAAGCAAGAAUACAAAGACGAGCAAAUGUGCUUCGAAGGAAACGGGAUCUCCUGUGGGAAAAGACUCCGCUGCUCUCGGAGGAGGCUUUGUCACGUGGUGUUUUGAACAAUUACACAGCCAGAGACUCCUCUUCAGAAAUAUGCAGCUGCCUCAAUGGUGGCUGGUGUCAGGUGGGUGGAGUGUGUGACUGCGCUCAGUUCCAGGCCCUCGGAGACCGCUGUCAGAUUAUACCCAACCAGGGUCAAGAUAGAGAUGGGAUCUGCAGGUCGUGGGGUCAGCACCACUAUGAGACGUUUGAUGGGAUAUACUUCUACUUUCCUGGCACCUGCUCCUAUAUUUUGGCUCAGGAUUGCCACUCUGCAACACCACAGUACACAGUUUGGAUCCACAACAGCCGGGUGUGCGACGGGAGUGUAUAUUCCUGUCCAAGAGCUCUCAGUCUGCUUUUCCCAAAUGAGGAUGAGAUCCACAUAUCUUCAUACCAUGUCUACCAGGGAGGACGCAGGCUCAGUCUGCCUCACACAAUAGGUGGUGUUUUUAUUGAGAGACUGGCCGAUUACCUGCUCGUGAAAAGUGUUUUUGGCUUCUCUCUGGCCUGGGAUGGAGGCUCGGGUGUCUACUUGAAGAUGAGCGAGGAGCACCUGGGUGCCCCUUGUGGCUUGUGUGGGAAUUUUAACCAUAAUGCAGGCGAUGACCUCACUACUGCUCGAGGCGUUCGGACCAACGAGCCAGCAGUGUUUGCUAACAGCUGGGCGGUGAACUUGCCUCAUGAAAGAGCUUGCCCCUCAGUGGACCUUGACUUCAGUGGACCGUGCGAGUCAGAAUCUGACAUGGACGAUGCCAUCGAGAAAUGCAGUGCCCUUCUCUUCUUCCCCUUUCUGUCCUGUCAUGAGAAUAUUGAUCCCCACCCAUUUGUGGCCAGCUGUGUUUCUGAUCUCUGUGUAUCUGAUGAUGAGGAGACAUUUUGCCGUACCUUGGUGGAGUAUACCCGGGCCUGCUCUCAUGUGGGAUAUCCAGUGAGGGAGUGGAGGGAUAGCUUUCCUUCCUGCAAUGACGGUUGCGAGGAGACCUUUGUCUAUCGAGACUGUAUCAGUUGCUGCCCCCCCACCUGCACCUUUGAAAAGGAGUGCCUCGGAACCAAUCUGCAUUGCCUGGAUGGCUGCUAUUGUCCUGACGGGCUCAUCCUGCAAAAUGGAACAUGCAUUGCUGCUUCUCAGUGUCCGUGUGUUUACCACGGUACAUCAUACGUGCAUGGUCACACGCUUCGACAGGGCUGCAAUGUUUGUGUUUGCAUGGGAGGGGUGUGGAACUGCACUGAGAACAACUGCACAGCGGAAUGUUCGGUAGUGGGCGACGUAUUUGUGACCACGUUCGACGGGAGAAUGUUUCUCCAGCCAGGAGCUUGCCAGUAUGUCCUUGCAAAGAGCCGCGGCAGCAGCAGAUUCACCGUCACAAUGCAGUACACUACCUGCACUGAGAAGCAGGUAUGUAUUCAAUCCGUGACACUAGUGAUGGAGGAAGAUGUGAGUCGUCAGAUCACUCUGACCAAAGAAGGUGGCGUGAUGAUAGGAGUCAACUCAGCACCUGUCUUGCCCUAUUUUGAUGAUGCAUUGGACGUGCGCAAGCUGACCUCCGUGUUCACCCAACUGAAGGCAAGGAUCGGGCUGAGGUUGCAUUAUGAUGGCAGAGGAGGGCGCAUCCAUCUGCAGCUGGACAGCCGCUGGCGGGGACGGACGCUUGGCCUUUGUGGAACAUUGAAUGGGAAUCUUCGAGAUGACUUCCUGUCUCCUGCAGGCAUGAUCGAGGGAACACCACAGCUUCAUGCCAAUGCUUGGAAGGUGUCUUCAGCUUGUGUAGCUCCGGUUAACCUGCCCAUCAUUGACCCUUGUGAAAUGAAACCACAGCAUGUAUUAUAUGCCUCCCAGUGCGAGGUGCUCCUAGGGAGUGUGUUUGCUCCGUGUCACGGCUACAUCAGUCCGAACAUCUACCAACAGCAGUGUCGCUACCAGGCCUGCCGUUGUGGGAGCAGUUGUCUGUGCACCGCUCUGGCUCACUAUACUAUGCUCUGCUCAAAACAUGGUGUUGACAUUCAUUUCAGGGCACAUGUCUCUGACUGUGGAGUGGUGUGUCUUGGAGGGAUGCUCUACCACUCAUGUGUGUCAUCCUGCGGGCGGUCCUGCCGUGCUCUCUCCAGCAUGGAAACGUGUAACCUCGACGACUGUGCGGAAGGGUGUGGAUGUCCUGAUGGCAGUUACUAUGACGACGUUCGUCAGCGAUGCGUGCGACUAGCUCAGUGCCACUGUUACACCAUGGCUGGUGUGUCACAGCCAGGGGAGGUGGUCUUCAGCCCAUCUGGUCCUUGCCUGUGCAGGAAUGGGAAGCUCGAGUGUGUGCCAAAGGAAAAAGAGACGGAUAGUGCAGAUACUGGGGAAUGUCCUGAGGGUAAAGUGUACCAAAGUUGCACUGAGCAGAGAGGAGGCGUGGCUUGCGCACCGACCUGCCGCAACCUCAUGUUGAACAUCACCUGCCCGCCGAACAUGCUGUGCAUCCCAGGCUGUGUCUGCCCUCCUGGACUUGUGCUGCACCAUGGGGAGUGUUACUAUCCAGAGAACUGUCCCUGUAUCUGGCUUGGCCUGGAGUAUCUCCCUGGAGAAACUGUGGAAACGUCCUGUUAUAAAUGUGUGUGUCACCGUGGCUAUUUUAACUGUAGCUAUUCACCAUGUCCAGCUGUGUGUACUGUCUACAGUGACAGACAUUACCACACCUUUGACGGCCUGGAGUAUGACUACCACUCUGACUGUCAGGUCUACCUCCUGAAAAGUUCAGGAGAAACCGAAGUGUCCAUUGUUGCUCAAAAUAAGGACUGCUAUGAGAGUGGCAUUGUGUGCAUGAAAACACUGGUCAUACACGUGGGACUUACCAAGAUGUACUUCAUGGACAACUCUGGGAACCCUAGCCCAUCCACUGUGGUGGGUCGAGAAUCCAUGUUUGAGCUGUGGAAAGCGGGCUACUACACUGUGGUCUACUUCCCCAGUCAGGACCUGACUGUCCUCUGGGACCGCAAAACAACUGUGCACAUCAGGAUUGGACCUCAGUGGAAGGGCCUUCUCAGUGGGCUAUGUGGAAAUUUUGACGGUGUGACAGUGAAUGAUAUGACCACAUCAAGCCACAUGGAGGUCAACAAUGCACAGACCUUUGGAGACAGCUGGACACUGGGGCAGUGUCAAAGUGACUAUAUAGUGGAGCGACCAUGUGAAGCCGACUUGGGGAGACAGCCGUAUGCUAAGAGGGAAUGCGCACGCCUGUACAGUGAUGUUUUUGCACCCUGUCACAAUGUGGUGGAUGUGGCCUGGUUCUACAGAAACUGUCUGUCGGACACUUGCAAUUGUGACCGGGGGGGCGAUUGUGAGUGUCUGUGCACAUCCAUCGCUGCCUAUGCACACAAAUGUUGCCAACAGGGGGUCACCAUACACUGGAGAUCACCCUCAGUGUGUCCUCAGGAUUGUGAAUACUACAAUGAAGGGCUAGGCGAUGGCCCAUAUUCCUUGCUGAGCGCUGUCCAUAGCAACACAAUGAUGGGAGUCAAUCGCACAAGUGGCUCAGUAUUUCCUCUGCUGAGAGACGCUUCAGGACAUAUGCCUGCCACUGGACUACUCUUCAAGUUUAUGGUCACAGCAGGACUGCAGAGAAACCAAACAUCACGCAUCCCCGUGGUGUCCCUAGAGUCUGCGGAGAGACCAAACAAUUUCCUCGUGGUGGCAGGAAAGAGAUGUCUCCAGCUGGAGCGCUGGAGACGAGGGGAGGAAUUUAGACGUAGAGCGACAUUUAUACUGCGUCAGGGGCUGUUUCUGCCUGGUCACACCUCAUUCGAAGUCGCCAGCCAACCUGGAAUCUUUCUGACACUGACACGCACUGCAGCACGAGCUCUGAGAUACGACACAUCCAGUGGCUUCAAAGCUAGCAGCAGCUUCAUACUAGAAGAGACUCAUUUCGCCAUCCCCUACCGUAUGAUGUGUGAGUGGCGCUAUCAGGCCUGUGCCAACCCUUGCGUGCGCACAUGCAGUGACCCAGAUGCUACACGCUGCCAGUUUCUGCCUUUUGUAGAGGGCUGCUUCCCACGAUGUCCCAAGAACAUGGUGCUAGAUGAAGUCACCAGCAGAUGUGUCUACAUGGAGGAUUGUGUGACCCUUCCUGCAACACCCACACCUUUUGCAUUUGUGAUACGACCCAACAUAACGACAUCCUCGACAACACCUCCAUCAACCACUAGGACAAGGCCUACGACUGCCACAACUAUGACAAGAACAACUACAGUGAUCACGACCUCCUCCGCCACCAUGAGGCCAACAACCAUUGCCACUACUUUCAGUACAUCUCAAGCUACCCCCGCCACUACAAUUCCCACUACCACCACCACAAUCACCGUGACAGAAUCUGUCCCCACCUUGACACCUCCAACAGCUGCUCCAACUCCUUCAACCCCUUCACUUACUCUUUCCACCACUGUCACCACACCACCAGAGCCACCAGUCCCCAUAACCUCAACAGCAUCUUCCGUGGUCAUCUCAGAUACCACAACAAAAAUGACAGCCCCUCCUAAACCUCCGCCUGCCGUCACGACCACAAUCACCCCAGCGGAAACAUCAACUGUUGCUGUGGCAACCUUGCCACCAAUUCACACAACCACUCAGCCAAUAACGAGACAAAUCUUAACAAGUCCAGACAUCUCUACAACUAAAGAGGAGAAGCCAGCUACAUCUCCAGUUCUCAUGGUCACGACGGCCUGUACUCCUCCAUAUGUCUACCGUAUUGAUGAGUGUGCAGAACUCAUCUGUUUCAAUGGGCAGCUGCUGCUUUACAACGCAUCCCUGCAUUGCCGCUUCAAUACUACCCGUCCUCAAUGCAGUCUGCUGGGCCUGCCCAUCCUCAUCAACAUGGACCCCUGCUGUCCACAAUGGCAGUGCCCUUGUCGCUGUACCGUGAUGUCUGAUCUGCGUGUGAUCACAUUUGAUGGCAAUAAUGUAGCCUUGUACGAUAACGGCUCCUACAUCCUGGUUACGCUGCCCACAGAGACUAUUAUUGGCACUAUAGAGAAAUGUCCAACCAGUCAGAGUUCAAACUCAAUCAGAAGACCUAGUCCAAAAGGUGGAACAUCUGGCCUGUGUUUAAAAAAAAUAAAUAUUACUACCCCGUCAGACCGUAUCAUUAUCAAUCGACUGGAUCGAAAGGUGACAGUGAACCACAAGCUAAUCAGGCUGCCGUUCUCACGCCAUUCUCUUCACAUGGAAGAUACUGGCACUAUGUAUCUGAUCAGCACACCUGGCCAUGUCAAUAUACAGUGGUAUCAUAGCACGGGAAUUAUAGUGUUGCAGUAUAUCACCCCCAACGCAACAUCUGUGCCCACUCGGGGCUUGUGUGGAUAUUGUGAUGGUAACCCGGAAAACGACCUGAGGUUGCCCAAUGGCACAGUGGUCAGAGAGGUGGGAGACAUGAUGCUCCUUCUGCAGGCUUGGAGGGUUCCCACACCGGAUGAAGCCGACCACACUCGCAGGGUGGGAGACAACUGCACCAUCGGGGACUGCUCCAUCUGUCUCUACAUGCUCUACCAGAGAGCCUUCACGCCGUGCCAUAGUAAGGUGCCUCCAGAUCAAUUCUGUGACAUUAUGUGGGCGGGGGACCUACACUACAAGGACCACCAAUGUGACUUCCUGGCAGCAUACGUGGCCAUCUGCUACACACAUCAAGUGUGCAUCAGCUGGAGGCGACACAACUUCUGCCCGCUAAGGUGCCCCACGGGGAAGGAGUACCAGCCAUGUGUGAGCACCUGCGCAAGCCUAACCUGUCUGAACAGAGACUACUAUGACGACACAACCUGUCCCCUCAUCAGGGAGGAGUGUGUGUGCCGCAGUGGAACAAUCUUGCAUCGUGUAGACUCUCCUCGCUGUGUGACUGAGGCUCAAUGUGCUUGCACAGAUAAUGAAGGUAACCCUCGGUCCCCUGGCGAGGUGUGGAAUGGCUCCACUCAUGGCUGCUGUCUGUACAAAUGUAUGGACAAUGGCUCUGUGGUGACUGUAGAGCCUGACUGCAGCUUUGUCCCAACGCCACUGUGUGAGAGACAGGGAGAGUAUGUGGUGGAUGUGCUGGAGGAAGGAACCUGCUGCCCUAAGAAGAUCUGUGAUUGCAACAUGACCAUCUGUGACAGUGACGCACCAACUUGUGAUGAUGGGGACAGUCUGGUGAUGGGUUACAGCAGCCUGUCCUGCUGCCCAGAGUACAGAUGUGAGUGUGACCCCACAGCGUGCCCCCACACCCCUCCCCCCAAUUGUAGGGAGGACCAAUUUUUAGUGGAGAUCAGAGGUGGGAAACUGUGCUGCUAUUCUUACCUCUGUGUGUGUGAGUCAUGCAUUGAACCUGUUCCAACUUGCUCACAUGGAGGGAUCCUGGCUGUGGACCUAAACACCACCAAUACCUGCUGUCCACAGUAUCAUUGUGUGUGUGACGUAAACAAGUGUCCUGAAUCAUCUGUGAGUUGUGCAUCUGGUCUUACUUUGGUCCAAACUACUCCACCUGGUCACUGCUGUCCGCAGCAACACUGUGAAUGCCAAUGUGAGGAUAGCGCUCUCCCAGUAUGUCAGCUUGGGGAGGUUCUGUUGGAGGUCCCAGACAGAAGCAGCAACUGUGGCUGUCCUCAACACGUGUGCCAGAAAACAGAGGUGUGUGUUUUCCAAGGGUUGACAGUGCUUGGGCCAGGCCAAUCACUCAUUCACUAUUUUGAGGCAGAGCUGUGUCACACUGUCCACUGUCUGCGUCACAAAGAUCCAAUUACUGGCUUCUAUGCCAUAAAGAUCACCUCAGUCAACUGCUCCCAACAAUGUGGGCCUAACCAAGUGUAUGCACCAUCCGCUGACCCUCAGGUGUGCUGCGGCUCCUGUAAAAAUAUCUCCUGCACCUUCACCUAUGACAACGGCACAACAGAACUUUUUGCUGUGGGAAGCUCCUGGGUGGAAAACUGUACCCGUUAUGACUGUGUGGAAACAGCAGUGGGAGCCAUGGUGCUGGCCUCCGACGUGGUUUGCCCACCUUUCAAUGACACCGAGUGCACUCAGAAUGGCGGUGUGGUUCAGAGAUAUGUAGACGGCUGCUGCAAGACAUGUAAAGAAGACGGUAAGACAUGCAAGCGAGUGGCCAUCCGGACUACCAUACGCAAGGAUGACUGCAGGAGCAACACACCAGUGACUGUCUUCUCUUGUGAUGGCAAAUGUCCGUCCGCCACCAUCUUCAACUUCAACAUCAACAGUCAUGCCAGGUUCUGCAAGUGCUGCCGUGAGAGUGAACUGCAGUCCCGUUCGGUCAUGUUGUACUGCACACGCAACGCCACGAGUGUUCAGUACCACUUUCAGGAGCCCCUGGAUUGUACCUGCCAAUGGAACUGAAUGGAAGGUCCUCAUGGCGAGAAAUAACAGAAGGGAAGACAGAAGUUAGGAGAUUUCUCCAUCACUUAAAGACAAUACUCACUUGGAGUCUUGUAGUGUCAACAAAAAUAUGUUGAAAUUGAUUGUGACAGUCUACUUCAAUUUUUAACGAUGUCAUCUUCUACUUAAAGUUGACAACUGAUCAUUUUGACCCCAACGUCAUUGUUCUGCCUAUUUAGAUGCAUUUCUUUAAGGUCAUAGGUGUUUAAAAAUGGAAGUGUUACACUAUACAGGGCUUUGUUUCUGUAGAAGUAGUAUAAUGCAAUAUAUUUUACUGCCUUAAUUGUUGUUGUCAUCAGAAUACUGUAGGUGAAUAAAAGACGUCACUACCUUCAUGUCUGAUUAUCACGGUAGGUUUAGAUUUCUAAAACAUUGGUGCCUGCAUGCAAAACGUGUAAUUUUUGCAAAUAAUGGAUAAUUUGUAAUUGCAAAAUGAUAUAUAUAUAUAUUAUAUGCAUGGGGUGGGCACCUAUGGGGUGCACAAUUUGGUGUGAUCCAGAUCUAGACUUUGUCCUUGGUGGUGGCCUGCGUUCUGCAUUCUGCGUUCUGCAUUCUGCGUUCUACUUUCUAACUGCAGCCACUGUGUGUUUCUUAAUGUUACUUUUUGACUGAACAUACCUUUUGCUGAUGGAGUUUUGUUUCCUUGGAUUGUUUGAAUUAGGGAAAAUGUACAAAGCUCCAAAAGAAAGUUACGAAGACUGUUUGUAUUGUGGAUUUUUGGCACUAUAAUCUUUUAAUGUAACGAUUUUCUGGGAGUGGCGAUUCAUUCCCUGCUCUUAUUGUAAGACCAACGUGUCAAAGUAAGUACAAUAUCCGGGUUAAAAAGGCAAGACUGCAAGAAGCUUCUCAGGUACAGUAUGUUAUUUUGAUUUUCUAAUGUGGACGUGGCAUGAAAAUUACUGACAUUUGCAGCAAUCAUAACAUGGGAAUGAAUCCACCACACAGU